AUGAAUGAAAUCAAUAAUGGUGAUGAUGAUGAUGAUGAUGAUGAUAAUGUUGAUAAUGUUGAUGGUGACGAUGUCCCCUCCCGCACCUGUGCUGCCCCCUGGGCUGAGGAUGUGCAUCACCGGUGCUCCCUGCGAGGCGAGGACUUGAACAGACAGUGGCUCGCUCCCAGCGCGCAGCUCCAGCCCACCAUCUACCACGCCAAGGGCCUCCUCUACUACCUGCACAGCGUGGGCCGCAGCCCUGCGGUCUUCUGUGACUUCCACGGCCACUCGCAGAAGAAGAACGUGUUCCUCUAUGGCUGCAGCGUCAAGGAGACCCUGUGGCAGGCAGGGUCCGCCGCGGGCACGUCCGCUCUCUCGGAGGAUGUCAGCUACAGGACUCUUCCCAGAAUCCUUGAUAAGCUAGCACCAGCCUUCACGAUGAGCAGCUGCAGCUUCGUCGUGGAGAAGUCUCGAGCCUCCACUGCCCGGGUGGUGGUGUGGAGGGAGAUGGGGGUGUCCAGAAGCUACACCAUGGAGAGCAGCUACUGCGGCUGCAACCAGGGCCCGUACAAGGGUCUCCAGUUCGGCACCCGCGAGCUGGAGGAGAUGGGAGCCAUGUUCUGCCUGGGCCUCCUCGUCCUGGAGCUCAAGUCCGUCAGCUGCAGCCGUCAGCUGCUGAGCCAUGCGGCCGCCCUGCUGAACACCGAGGAGGACCCUCUGGACUGCCACCUCCAGAGGUAG